UCCCGGGAGAGCGCGCGGGUGGCGGGGCAGGCCGCGGGACAGCCGCAGGUGGGGCCUGGAGCGGUGGCCGGACCUGGGCAGCCCCGCAGCCCCGCGCGGGAGCCACGAUGCCCCGCGGGGACUCGGAGCAGGUGCGCUACUGCGCGCGCGUCUCCUACCUUUGGCUCAAGUUCUCUCUCAUCGUCUAUUCCACCGUAUUCUGGCUGAUUGGGGGCCUGGUCCUGUCGGUGGGGAUCUACGCAGAGGUCGAGAGGCAGAAAUACAAAACCCUCGAGAGCGCCUUCCUGGCCCCGGCCAUCAUCCUCAUCCUCCUGGGGGUGGUCAUGUUCAUUGUCUCCUUCAUCGGGGUGCUAGCUUCUCUCCGGGACAACCUGUGCCUUCUCCAGUCGUUUAUGUAUAUCCUGGGGAUCUGCCUCAUAAUGGAGCUUAUCGGUGGCAUAGUGGCAUUGAUCUUCCGGAACCAGACCAUUGACUUUCUGAAUGACAACAUUCGGAGAGGAAUUGAGAACUACUACGAUGACCUGGACUUCAAGAACAUCAUGGACUUUGUUCAGAAGAAGUUCAAAUGCUGUGGCGGAGAGGAUUACAGGGACUGGAGCAAAAACCAGUACCACGACUGCAGCGCCCCCGGGCCCCUGGCUUGCGGGGUGCCCUACACCUGCUGCAUCCGGAACACGACAGAUGUGGUCAACACCAUGUGCGGCUACAAAACCAUUGACAAGGAGCGCCUGAGUGCACAGAACGUCAUUUAUGUGCGGGGCUGCACCAAUGCCGUGCUGAUAUGGUUCAUGGACAACUACACCAUCAUGGCGGGUCUCUUACUGGGCAUCCUGCUUCCUCAGUUCCUUGGUGUGUUGCUGACACUACUGUACAUCACCCGAGUGGAGGACAUUAUCUUGGAGCACUCUGUCACCGAUGGAUUGCUGGGACCCGGGGCCAAGUCCAGCGUGGACGCAUCGGGCACCGGGUGCUGUCUGUGUUAUCCCAGUUAGGACCUGGCCUGGCGCAGCGGCCUCAGCAGGACUGUACUGCCCAGCACAUCCCAGUCUUCACAAGCCAGUCAGGACCAGCUCCAGCUCUUCUGCCCACUCGCGGGACAGGCCAAAGCCCAGGGUGGAUGUGCCUGUGUACAGUGUCCGAUGGCCACUCCUCCCAGAGGAAGGCUGAGCCCUGUGGAACCCUGGGAAACAGGGAUGGCCCAGCUCCAGUUCUGGGCCCCAGAGAAGGAAGCUCAGGGCUCAGUUUAUUCCUGGCGGUGCCUUGGCCAGUGGUCAUUAUGCUCCUUCAAGAGCAGGUUUGCAGUGAUGUUUGAGGAGAGAGACUGUGUUUGUUCCACGGGGUAGGAAGUACUGGGUUCAGCCCCUGGUACCACUGCUCCAGGUGUGAGAUUGGACCAUGUCUCAAAUUUCCAGGUGCCUUGAGCCCUCUGUAAGGCUCCUGCUUUGCCCACCCAUUUUGUACGUGGUUUUUAUAACAUGUUUUAUACACAAUUAACAAUAGUUUCUGGCUACUCAAAACUAGCCACCACCUCCGUACUCCUCCAAUCCACUCAUCCCUCCGAGUCAGUUUAUUAAUCAAACAAUAAAGAAGUGAUUUUUUGGGGGG